GAUGAAUGGUGCCUCCCCUUGAUGCCGUGACGCCCCAGUGAUGGAUUCUAGCUCAGGUACGUCCCUGGGCGGUUCCCGAAGAACAAGGGGUCUUCACUCCUGUGCUCUGUCUGCCUGCAGAUUCGCUCCCCGGUCCUCCGAGCAAGGCACCGCGCGCCUUCGAUAUGUUUGCAAACCCCUUCGGUCGCAUCAAAGCCAAAGUCAGAGAUCCGCCGCAACGAGCCGGCAGCCGCAGCAACGCAUCGCAGGCCUCGUCUGCUAGCGCCAUGGAGCGGCCACAGCCGGCCGCCAACAACGGCACCGCGCUCGCCCUCUUCCCCUCGGCCGCUGAGUCAGCGGCGGCUGUUGCUGUUGCAGCAGGAGGGAAACCCAAAGCAGAACCCAAAGCAGGAGGCUUCCCUCAGUCCCAGUCAGAGCUGCCGGCUGCUGGAUCUCCGUCCAAUGAGAGAACACCUGCCGCCGCCGCGGCGGUGGUGAAGAAGGAGCCGCCUGACCACAGCAGGCAGAUCGUCCCUGCAGCGGUGCCGACACGGUCACCUGGCCCUGGUGAGCUGACCUUUCGUGAGGCUGACGCGUACGCCAAUUCGCUGAUCACCCCGGACCUGGUGAAGCAGCGGCUGAUGAAGGUGUCGCUGACGUGGCGCCGCGACCCGGGGGUGCGGGCGUGGGUGGUGGCGUGGAUCCCCGCGGUGAGUGAGGGGCCCAAGGUGGCCAAGCAGGAGGCCUUUCAGGUUACCCCGCUGACCAAGGACAACAUCAAGAGCACCUUUGGGAGGGCGGCGCAGCACUAUGACAAGAUGAUCGACGACAAUGCUUAUGGUCAGUACGGACAGACAGGUAGACAGACAGACCUGUGUGUAGGUGCCGAAUGUGUGUGUGUGUGUUGACCCACCUGUCUGUCUGUCAGGGUGUGAGGAGGCCGAGGUCACCGAUGACGAGCUGGAGGUCAUGGGCAAGAGCCUCGUCGAGGUCAUGGGCCUCGACAAACACCCCGCCGCCGUCGCCCACCUCGCGUCCGUCAACUGGUUCGGCAAGGCCAGAAACACCGCUGCCGUCUGCUAUCGAGGCUCAGACGGCAAGAGCAAAACCAGGUACCUAGGUGAAUGCAAUGCAGCCAGCAACAAGGAGACAGAAAACCAUGCACUGCACCCUUGACGGGACGGUCGCUUUCUUGCCGUCUUGCUUUGCUUUGCGUCAGGUUCUUCGCGUGCAGCGGCAUGACGCGCACGUGCGCCCGUCGUGCGAUCGAGGAUGCGGUGCGUUGGCGCGACCAGCUGCUGGCGGCCAACCCUGCGGUGCUCAAGUCGCUCAACCUGCCUGCAGCACCGCCCCCCAAGGUAGUGGGAUCGCAGCCGCCUGCCCCACCAGCAGCAGUAGCAGCAGCCCUCCCGAUUGCGGGGGAGAUGCCGGGAGGAGGGGCUAUCGUACCUGUAACUGCACAUAGGGAACGUGAUCUCAACACAGGUGAGUGAGUGAGGCACACGCAGACGAAGAAGAACCAGACAAGUCCUGGCGAAACCAUAUUGUGUGUGUGUUUGGUGUGGUGUGGUGUGGUGUGGUGCUUGCAGCUGUAGUGGAUGCGAUUAAGGCCGAGUUUGAGGAGGAUGAGGAACAAGACAAUCUCCCCGGCCCCCCACCCGCCCCACCAGCCAGCGACGCCCAGGAGGACCAGCAGCAGCAGCAGGGUCCCACAGCCAUCGACGCGGAGGCCACGCAGCUGCUCGCCUCCCUGCAGCAGUACGACCGCGCCACCCUCCGAACGAGGGAGCCGCAAGGCCAGGUCUCACCUCACCUGAGCGACUUCUUCACCUGGCAGGGCGAGAAGACCUUCAUCAAGUGGACACCCACGCCAGGCUGCUUUGAGGUCAACGUGACGGUCCAUCCCCUGCCCACAGCCAAGCGUGUGCCAGUCGGUGACAGCGGGACGUCCGAGGGUCUGCGCAAUGCCCUCAGCUUGGCGGUGCGGCACCGGAACAUCAUUCUAGACGCGGGCUACGUGCUCAAGGACAAGAUGGCGCAUGGGCUGCGGGACGAUGUGGUGAGGCUGACGAUCAAGCAGCAGCAGUCGGGCUGCGACGCGCCCAUCCCUGAGCUCGUCCCGCAGGAUGGCGGCCCUCCCAAGGCGUCCCACCACAUAUACGACUUCCAGCCACCGCCCCCACCGGGCGGCGGCGGCCACCGUCCUCCCUUCAUGGCCUUGUCCCGCCCGCCAGGCGCCCCGGCUGUCGACGACACCUCACCCCAGACCGGCACCAAGCGCAAGGCAGCUGCCGCAUCUGCUGGUGAUGGGGACGGCCCCCCAGCAGUGUCCUCCGACAGAAACGAGCAGGAUGGUGAGCAGCCGCCGGCAAAGAGACCCGGCACACGUUCGUCGAGGGGCGGGGGAGGGCGCCGUGGUGGCAGUGGUGGUGGGUCGUCUGGUGGCGGUGGUGGGGAGGGGGGCGAGAGUGGGGGUAUGGGGGUGGGUGAGGACAGCGAGAGCCAAGUCAAGAAGGAGCCGGGGGUGACGGAUGAUGGAGACGCCACUGGGGGCGCCAUGGCAGCACACGCAUUCACAGCUAUCGCAAGUAAGUGAGAGAGACACACGCCGCAUCAAACAAAAGGUACAUAUGUCUGUGUGUCUGUCAGCCUUUGGCGCGCACAAGAACCCUGAGGAGCCCCUGAGCACCGAACAGCUGCCGAAAGAGGCGUGCGAGCUGCUCGGCUGGGUGCGGAGCACGCAGCCGGUCGGAAGCACCCUCCCCAUCGAGUAUGACAGCGGCGACCCUUCCCGCUUCAACGGCAUGAGCGCAUUCACCGUCAAAUACUACACAGCCCAGGUAGGUACCAUCAGAUCAGACACAGACAGAGAAGACGGGCAGACGGUCAGUCAGCUCACAUCCCUCUGUGUGUCUCGUGUGUUUGUCUGCCGUGCCGUGUGUGAAGGGUUUUCGGUUGGGAUUCAGCCAGGUGGAGAGCAGCACGCUGUCGGGUCUCAAGACGGCUUUGCACAAGGCCAUUGUCUUUUGCACCGACUUGAUGGGGCGACCAGACAUAUCACUCAGACCGUUCGGAGAGACGCAGCCGCAGACUUAGAGAGAUAGAAAAGGACGAGUGACUGAGCCAUUCGCGGCGGAGUGUGGUCAGUUUGUUGGGAUGCAUACUGUGUAUUUCGUGAAAGCGUGUGGCGCGGUGGUGUGCUGUGGUGCGGACGUGACGGACACUUCCUUG